UAUCGCCGUGUUUAAUUCUGAGACUGUAUAAAUCGAUGGUCAUUGCGUAGUCAAUCACGAAAAAGUGUGUACUUAUUGGCUGUUGAUUCUGGAGAGCUAUUAGUCCCGCCUGCUGUUUUAUAUUAAUCUGACCGUGGGAAACAACCUUGUCGUUUAAACGAGAGCACUGCAUACGUUGAGAGUUCAUGAUCGACUCAAAAGGAAUAUCCUGAUAUUAUAUACUUGCUGUAAACAUGAAGAGGACUCACGAUUACAGUUCAUCAGACAGCGAACUAGAUAAAAACAUAGCUGUUGAAAAGGAAAGCGCGGAUGAAAUUGGCUCACCCCCCGAAUCGAUGUCUCUUUCCACAUCAUCUCAAAUUCAGGCACGGAAGCGACGCAGAGGAAUUAUAGAAAAACGUCGCCGUGAUCGUAUCAAUAACAGUUUGUCAGAACUUAAAAGACUUGUCCCUAGUGCCUUCGAGAAACAGGGCUCAGCCAAGCUGGAAAAGGCAGAAAUUUUGCAAAUGACAGUGGAUCAUUUGAAGAUACUCCAUGCUGCUGGCGAUAAAGGAUACGUUGAUAUCCAUGCACUUGCCACGGAUUAUCGAAACCUGGGUUUUCGAGAGUGUCUGGCUGAAACAGCCAGUUAUCUUAGCAUCAUUGAAGGACUGGACAACUCAGAUCCCUUGAAGGUGCGCCUGGUUUCUCAUCUCAAUAACUAUGCGUCUCCAAGGGAAACACAUUCUGGAAUUAGACACUUGCCUUGGCGGUCUGCUUUUGGAAAUCACCCACGUCUCCCACACCCCCUUCUCAUGCAACAGGCUGUUCACAAUACUGCCACCAGCGCAUCCACCGUCACAGAUUCACACUCUCAGAGCAGACACACAGAGGCUGCCUUGCUGAGAGAGCCCCAUAAUGGCAGCAUAGCACAGGUGCUUCCAGUUGUCACUUCAACCUCUAAACUGUCACCUCCUCUGCUCUCCUCAAUGUCCUCUCUUUCAGCCUUCCCUUUCUCCUUCAGUGCUUUCCCCUUGCUCUCUCCCAACACACACAGCCAACCUGUCCCAGCACAAGCCAUCAGCCUUAGCAGCCCUUACAGAUCCUGGGGGACAGAGAUAGGUGCAUUCUGAUCAUCUCCUUGCUGAGCUGGGCCGUUUUGGGAUGUUUAACAUAAUUCUGAAAAUAAAUCCAGUAUUUUUUUUUUUUUUUUUUUUUUAAUAUCUCCACUGGUGCUGUUCUGUACAGAGAGAUAUUGAUACAAUGUCUCCUAAGAUAGUCAAUCUAGUUCACCACAGGUGCAGAUGCCACAUUGUAAUAUUUUAAUAUCCUUUCCUGACCAGUGGCAUUUCAAUCAAAAUUGCAUUCAACUGCUUCAGAUGCAGGGUUAAAAAUGGCUUCCAUAAUAUAUGAUAUGAUAUAU